AGCGCCCGUACUUCGCCAGCCUUCCAUUCAAUCUUCGCAGCGAGCCUGAGGGAAAGAGUGAAUUGGUCCUAAGUGAGGAGACGCGGACCGCACAGGUUUCGUCUCGGAAGAGCCGUCCGGACAGUGAAUCGCCUCCAUGGCUGAUCUAGAGCAGAUGAUCCCCUUGGUGUGGGGCAAGAAGACCUCCCAGGGCCUGGCAGAUACCAUCUUUUGCCGCUGGACACAAGGAUUUGUGUUCAGUGACUCCGAAUCUACUGCAUUAGAACAAUUUGAAGGAGGCCCUUGUGCUGUAAUUGCACCAGUUCAGGCACUCCUUCUGAAGAAGCUAUUUACUUGUGAGAAAUCUACCUGGAGAGAGUGUCAAGAAGAAGAGCAGAAAAAUAUCCUUUGUCAUGCAUUAUGUGAAAUUUUGGAAAUGACUUGCUCUGAUCAAUCAGAAUCCUACUCUUUGGCAACAUGGCAAAGAGGAAACCCUGUGGAAGAUACUUCUAAUAUUUCUGAAAGUUCAGCAGAGUCAAGCAAUCAAGAGGAGCAGUCAUCUGCCUUGGCUGUGGAAGAAUUUGGCUUUGAACGAUUUCAUGCAUUAAUUUACAAGCGUUCAUAUGCCAACUUUUCUGAUUUCAAGGAUGCAGUCUGGAAUCACCAUACAAUGUGGACAAAUAAAUUUGGAGUGCUCCUUUUUCUAUAUUCUGUGAUACUUACUAAGGGCAUUGAAAAUAUAAAAAAUGAAAUUGAAGAUUCAUCCGAACCAUUGAUAGAUCCUGUUUAUGGUCAUGGAAGCCAAAGUUUAAUUAAUCUUCUGCUGACGGGAUUUGCAGUAUCUAAUGUCUGGGAUGGAGAUAGGGAAUGCUCAGGAAUGAAAUUACUUGGAAUUAAUAAACAAGGAGCUGUUGGUUUUUUGACUCUUAUGGAAUCCCUGAGAUAUUGUAAGGUUGGAUCCUACUUGAAGUCUCCAAAAUUCCCUAUUUGGAUACUUGGCAGUGAAACUCAUCUUACAGUCUUUUUUGCCAAGGAUGUGGGUCUUGUUGCUCCUGAAGCGCCUUCAGAGCAGGCCAGGCGCGUGUUUCAAACAUAUGACCCUGAGGAUAAUGGCUUUAUACCAGAUCCUCUUCUAGAAGAUGUAAUGAAGGCCCUGGAUCUUGUAUCAGAUCCUGAUUAUGUAAAUCUCAUGAAAACAAAAUUAGAUCCAGAAGGACUAGGAAUCAUCUUACUAGGUCCCUUUCUUCAAGAAUUUUUUCCUGAACAGGAUCCAAAGGUUCAAGAAUCAUUUGCUGUGUAUCACUACAAUGGAUUGAAGCAGUCUAACUGUAAUGAAAAGGUCAUGUAUGUUGAAGGCACAGCAGUAAUUAUGGGCUUUGAAGACCCAAUGCUCCAAACUGAUGAUACACCAAUCAAGCGCUGUUUGCAGACCAAAUGGCCCUAUAUAGAACUGCUUUGGACCUCAGAUCGAUCCCCUUCAUUAAACUGAUGUUAAGAAGAGACUUUGUAUUCAUCCAAUAUUUUGAAUGAAUGUGAGAUAUGCAGUUGACUGUAUCUAAAACAAACUUACUUUACUUUGCGACUAUACACUGAUAUCACUGAGAAAUUGUAAAUGAACACUUUUUCAAUGUUAGUAUUUUUUUUAAAGAAAAAAGACUUGAUUUGUAUUAAAACUAAUUCCUAUUUGGCCAUAAUAGAAUAGGUAAAAUGUGAGUUUGCAUCCAUAAGCCUGCUCAUUCAGCCAGAAAGGAGAAGGAAGUGAGCUGCUAUUUGGCAGUAUCAGCACAGUGGAUUAAGUUUGUCUUAAAUAUCAUAGUAUUCAUUUGUUUCAUGCUUGUUCAGUCAUAUAGUUUCUUUGAAUUAUACUGCCUUAGGGUACAACCUGUUUUGGGAGACCCAAUGUCCAAGCCUCACUGAAAUAUAAAGAACUAUAAAAAUAUCAGGUAGUACUAUUAUAUUGUUCUUAUUUCAGAAGGCUUUCUGCCAGGAAACUCAUCUAAUGGGUUGUGGCCUGUACUAGAAUAUCAUAGUUUGGGGAAUAGAUUGAUAUUUGCACUAACUAUGCUUAGAUGAUGACAUCUCUGCUGCUUUUCUCUGAAAAUCUGACUCUUUAUCUAUGUAGCUUUUUUUGAAAAUGAAGCAAAAAUGAUAAUAGUAUGGCUGGUGAAUAAAUGAUAAAUACUAUUUAUUGGAUGUUAUACAAUUCUUAAAGCUUACCUAUUAGUCAAAGGAGGGUUUAAAUAAAAUAGCAUAUUAAUAUCCUGAGUUGUAUAAAGGAUAUAUAAAAGCCUAACUGCAAAAAAGCGCUGUGAUUUUUGUUCAUAUUAUUAUUGCCAAAUACCUCUUCUCAAUAUGUAUUAAUAAACAUACCUAUACACUACUAUACAUGUUAACAUGCAUGAGUAAUCUGUUAUUUAUGUAGUAUAGUGUGUUUAUUAGAUAGCAAAG